AUGUCCUCGGUGCCGGGAAGCCCUCCUGGCAUUGGGAAGGGAGCAGGCGUAAUCCGCAGGAGGGCUUUGCAGCAGGUCUGUAACACCCGGGCCGGAGCAUCCUCGGGGGAGUUAACGCAUGACCAAGGCGAGCUCUUGGUAAACACGGGCGUUAUGGUAAAAACCUACUGGAUUCCUACUCUUCCCUGUGAGCGCCUCUUCCACACCCACCCGGGAACGCUGGGAAUUGCCUUGGCAGAGACGAAGCCAUCCUUUUCAACGUGGGUCCUCAUGUCUGCAAACAGCAGCAAGCGUGGAUCUACGCUGGUGAGCAUUGCCUGCACGCAGAGCCUCCGAGUGCGCUGCACACGGGCUGGGCACGCCGGGUUUGCCGGCCCCACGCGGGCGUUGUGGGGAUCGGGCGCCAAGCACAAGCCUUGCUGCCUCCCCGGGGCCCGUCCCCGUGUCUGGCGCUUCACAGUUGGGUGCAGCGGAGUUUGGCUGGAGCUCUUUGGUGGCCCUUCCUCCCUGCUGCCCUUCUGCACAGAGAGACGGUGCGAGCUUGAGCAGAACGAGGAGCACAGCGCGCUGGAGUUCAGCGAGUGCUGCCUGGACAGCCCGCAGUUCCGCGAGCGGCUGCGCUCCCACGAGGCCGAGCUCGAGAAGACCAACAAGUUCAUUAAGGAGCUCAUCAAGGACGGGAAGUCGCUCGUCGCUGCCCUCAAGAACCUGUCUGCAGCCAAGCGGAAGUUUGCAGAUUCUCUCAAUGAAUUUAAGUUCCGCUGCAUAGGUGACGCGGAGACGGACGACGAGAUCUGCAUAGCCAAAUCGCUGCAGGAGUUUGCCACCGUCCUGCGAAACCUGGAAGACGAGCGGAUGCGCAUGAUCGAGAAUGCCAGCGAGGUGCUCAUCACGCCGCUGGAGAAGUUCCGCAAGGAGCAGAUUGGCGCCGCUAAGGAUGCCAAAAAGAAAUAUGAUAAGGAGACUGAGAAGUAUUGUGGGGUCCUGGAAAAGCAUUUAAACUUGUCUUCGAAGAAGAAGGAAUCCCAGCUCCAGGAGGCAGACAGCCAGGUCGACCUGGUUCGGCAGCAUUUUUACGAAGUCUCCCUCGAGUACGUCUUCAAGGUGCAAGAAGUGCAGGAGAGGAAGAUGUUUGAGUUCGUGGAGCCUCUGCUGGCCUUUCUGCAGGGGCUCUUCACCUUCUACCACCACGGCUACGAGCUCGCCAAGGACUUCAGCGAUUUCAAGACAGAGCUGACCAUCAGCAUCCAGAACACCAGAAAUCGUUUUGAGGGAACAAGGUCGGAGGUUGAAUCAUUGAUGAAGAAGAUGAAGGAGAAUCCCCAUGAGCACAAGAACAUCAGCCCAUACACCAUGGAGGGUUACCUCUACGUGCAGGAGAAACGUCACUUUGGGACCUCCUGGGUGAAGCACUACUGCACGUACCAGAGGGAAUCGAAGAAGAUAACGAUGGUACCAUUUGACCAGAAAUCUGGAGGGAAAGGGGGAGAAGAUGAAGCCGUGACCCUCAAAUCCUGCACGCGACGGAAAACCGACUCGAUCGAGAAGCGAUUUUGCUUUGACGUGGAGGCAGUGGACCGGUGA